UUGCAUACCUAUAGCUAUGCUGCUCAAGUUUGUCGAUUUCGCUCGUACUGUGUGCUUCAUCUGGAUGCUGCGAAGAUUAUAAAGACAAACAUUAAUAAUAACAUGAUCACAAACAAGAAAAUAAACCGGAAUCCAGGUUUUUAUGGAAGAAGCGACAAUACAAUGGGAUCACAGAAUGAUAUUUUAGUUUAGUUUUGUGUGUGCCUGCGAUCGGACGGAAUCUUCAGAGAGAGAAAGCAAGACUUGUUGUGUGUUUAUUAAGAAAUUUGAGUUGGCAUUUAUCACAUUUUAGUAGAACAAUGAAACAGUUCAUUUCGGUAUUAUUACUUGUCGCAUUUCUAGCUAUUAGCAGUGCUCAUAGUUCAGGUAAAGAUGUGGCAACGAAGAGCAAUGAGAACGCAGGGGCGUACGAGGAGAUUCGAGUGGAAUCGUCUCUCAACGUGCGCAAGAGCAAUCCAGCUGCGAGGAGGCACGUGAGAAGCGUCGUAGAUAUAUUGGUGCCCGACAACGCACGAGUUAAGCGACAGUUUGGCGGAUUCGGAGCAUCCAGCGCACAGGCUAACGCAAAUGCUUUCAACCAACAAUUUGGUCCAAAUGGAUUUGGAGCCAGUGCAGCCAACGCCGGAGCACAAUCUUUCUUCAACCAAGGUCCUGGAGGUGGCUUUGGAGCCUCGGCCGCUAAUUCUGCAUCGCAAGGAUUCCAAGCCGGCCCAGGUGGAUUCACGGGCUCUGCUGGACAGUCUGGAAGCCAGACAUAUCAUCUCCCUGGGAACCGGGACGUAAGCUUGGCAUACACCGGUGGAUUCUCUGUAGCGGACGGUAAACCUAGUGUAUCGCAAGGAAAUUCGAUCAGUUUCUCCGGAUAAUCUGUUUGACAACAGGAACGCCGAACGAAUUUCAAUCAACGAAGAACGUGUCAAAAUAUAUAUGUCGAAAGUAAAA